AUGAUUUUUGGCCUCCCUGCUGGGGUAGGUAUUUCCUAAAAGGGUUCUCCAAUACAGAUGCUAUUUCUGAUUAGACCUUAGACGUGUUUUUGAGCAUUCGUGGGGCGCGGUCCUGGAAAAAUAAAAAUAGAUUCAAAAAAUAAUAGUAUAAACGCAAAAUAUGAUUUCCAUGCGUCUGGUACAUGACAGCGUGCCGCCGGCUCAUAGUGCUUGUAAUUGAUACUAGACAAUUAUAUCACGUAGAUUAAUAAAUGGUCUUUUUUUGGUCAUAUCGGUCAUAUUUAAAUCAUCGUUUUCCUCCUACGUAAACAACCUCAACUUUUAAGUUGAUGUUCGCACAAGGGGACAGGUAACUUCAUCACGUCGUCUUGGGGUCUCCUUCACUUUCCCUAGGCUAAAGGACGAAUACUGAACAACAGGCAAACUUUAGAUUAUUUCUUCCCGAAAAACAACGGAAAACAAGUUGAAGAAGGUAACAUUAUACUAAGCUAGCGUUAUUGGGGAAAGUAAAAACGUGCAGCGGGUUUAUAAAAGAAGCUGCGUCCGGAUCUGAUCACUCCCUACAGUUUUAUUCACAUGAAUAAUGAAUGAAACAUAUCACUUGCGCACAAAACCCUGCAAGGAAAGUGGUUCAAGAAGUUUCUCUCAAGCUUAAUUUUUAAAAUCGUACACACUUGUAAGAUAACAAAAUUAUGGUUAGAUUAAGAGCCUUCAAGGCUAAAUGUUGAAACACUUCUAGCAUAAUUCCUUUGCACGAGAUAACACUUUUUCAUUUGAUUUAUAAAGACUUUCAAACUAAAUAUAAUUCGAAUAUUUAUUUCCAUUUUAUAGUGCUAGACGUGUCCGAUUUUCUGCGCUGUAGGGAGUUUCAGGCCGGACGCAUUAGCUCAUUGAAUUCUAAAUAAUACAAAAUCAUAAAAAAUAUUUCUGAACGGAUUUAAACUUGUUGAAGCGUAGUACGUGCGGUUAGCACUCGAAAUAAAUGGCUUAGCUAGCCUUGGGACAGCCUGUAAGCUGACGUUUCAUGAUGGAAUUCCUUUCUUGGAAAAAAUAAGAGAGGAAGAGAGACAGAGGCCACAUUUAAACUAAACAUUUAUUAAAAGCAGUAUUUCAGUACGUGCCAUUGGGAAAAAGAAGUAUCAUCCCAAAGUGUCAACGCCUUUUCGGGGCGUAAUCACUCCAACGAAUUCCUUCUGGUGGCCCAGAAGGGGGGGGGGGGUUGUACUCACCAUAAUGGCCUAUAUGGGGAGGCUCCGCUCGAAAGGGGUACCUUUUUUCAGGCUUCAAGCAUAUCAUGAAAGGAUAUAGGGCGUCUGGUAACGGCUUAGAUAUCAUUACUCCCCCCCCUCCCCUCCCUUGGCGUCUCUUUUCUCGCUCUUUUUUAUAAUUCUACUGACAUUUCUUCACGUUACCAUUUUAAGUCACAUAGCCCUAGCAACAAUAUGUGGCAGGACUGCAAAACAGUCCGUAGUUUUGCGUAUUCAAGUACGCGCGAACAGUCAAACGAAAGGUCUGGAACUAAGCUGAAAACAGAGAGGGAGACUGGGGAGAGACGCUAACGGUGUGCAAGGCUCGCGCGCUUCGAGCGGUUGAGACUCUUAUUUUUACGCUACGCUAAACCGAUUUUGGGAAAAAACCGACUGUUUGCAGUCUAAUAUGUGGCUGACUAUUCCUUGUCAAGUUAGUUGUGGGACCUUGCCGAAUGGUGUGCAAAACUACACGCGUUUUGCAUUUCCCUGACACUCAGGCUACGUUGUAGUUGACAUCAAUAUCUUCUUUCAUCUCGACAACAAAUCUGGCUGAGCAGGAAAUUGUGCAUCUUAAAGCACUACAGAGUUUUUUUGCGAUAACAGAUAGUUCUUCCUUUCGGGGCUUUCGGUUUGCUAAUGUACCUUGGACAGAACUCUUUAACGUUGAUAUUCGUGAAGGGAUUAAUUGACUGAAUCUUGUGCCAUUUUAUGAAAUACUUCCCGGCAAUCAUAUGCUCAUCAUUUUAGAGCUCGGCUCUGGGACGACUUGAGCGCCAACCGUGCCAGCUCCUUCUCUAUAUUACCAAAAGACAUGCAAUUAUCGCCGGUUUUAUUUUUUGCGAGCUUUGAGGCUUUUUCUCUUUCUUUUCUUUUCUUUCUUUUUUUUUUUUUUUUUUUUUUUUUUUUUUUUUUUUUUUCUUCACAAAAAAAAAUAUUUACCCCAAAAAGUUUUUUUCGAAAAAUUUUUUCCCUCGUACGGGUCUUGUGUGCAUGGGUUAUUUGUGUAAGGGAUUAAUUAGCUUACAUUUUGUCCAUUUUUUGAAAACUUUCCCCUCAUUAUAAUGUCAUUCUUUUUGGCGCGUGGCCUUGGGACCACUUGGGGCCCCACCCUGCCCCCCUCUUUUCUUUUUUCCCCAAAGACAUUUUUUUUUCUCCGGUUUUUUUUUUUUUUUUUUUUUUUUUUUUUUUUUUUUUUUUUUUUUUUUUUUUUUUUUUUUUUUUUUUUUUUUUUUUUUUUCUUUCUACAAUCCACAAUAAAAAUAGUUCCCGCGAAAAGGUUAUUCGCAAAAAUUUCUGCCCUCGAGGUGGCCUGUUGUGAAGGGAUUCAACUGUGAUCAACGUCAAUCGUGUUUAAUCGUUAAGCGCCUUAGGUUUAUAACUAUAGGUCGGAAUAAACGACUUCUGUGAGAUGUCCCGCCGGGUACUAAUUUUGUCAAAAAUGAAAGAAACGUCAUUUCAUACGUACGGUGGUCAAUUCAUUGAACUUAAUACCAACUGUUAAUUAAGCCAUUUCAACGCUCUUAACAACUUCGUGAGUCAUGUCAGUUGUCACAGCAUUAAAUGCGAUCAAUUUGUAUUUUUUGCCUACUGAAUGAUCGGAUGUCAUUUCAAACGAUGGUGAAGGAUGAUUUAUGUUUUACAGCCAACAUUUUGGUGAGACACUUUUAAAAUCUUUACUGUAGGUUGUCUCUUUGCUUAAGUCCGCUCGGAACUCCCCGUAGAGGCAUAUAAAAGGUUCAUUUUCAUCAUGGUUCUUCCAUAUUUUUUAGUUAAUAUUUCAGUCCUCAAUGGAGAAAACCAGAGAGAAAGAACUAAUACAAAACUAAGUCACUUUCAUUCAGUAUUUCGCAACAUUCUGCCUGUACAUGUAGCUGCACUAUUAAUUUCUUGAAUUCAUGACCGUCGAUAGAACUACGUGAGAUGGGAUGUGACGUAAAUGAUAACAGUGAUUAUAAAACAUGGAUUACUUAUAAUGAGAAAAAAAAAAACAAUAAAAAAGGCCUGUUCAUUUCAUCACGUCAUAUGCACAUUUGGCUGUUUUAACAAAAUGUUGUUUUCAAAAACCAAACCAAAAGGCUAUGGUACAAAUAUGAAUAAAAUUUGAAUCAGGGACGGAAGCAAAAUUAUUUACCAGGUCACAAAAAAUGCAAAAAACGUUUGUGAAAGGCCUAGUAACCCAUUUGGAUUAAUUGCUGUCCAGAAAAUGGCUUUAUCUCGUUCGAACGGAAGUAUUUUUGCCCUACGUGUUGGAAAGAGUGGUAUUAGGACUUAUAAUUUCCGGCCACUUUCGCAAUUCUAACAGUUCUAAAGUAAGCACCAGGAAACAAGUUAUUUUUCGUCGACAAAGAACUAUGAAAAACACUGCCAACCAAAGACGACUAAGCGCCAGGGAUCCCAUUAGUUUUUAGACAGAUCUGAACUUUCCUCAACAUUUCAAAUUUAUUUAUUACAGAAAUUGUGGACCUUACACUUGAAUAGAAUCUUUCCCGUGGUCUCUUAGCCCCCAAGGCCAAGACAGAUUACUAGACUAAUCAUGACACACGUCUGAUAGUCACAGGAAAGUUAAGAACAUUAUUUCUCAGGUUUCUAAAACUCGUGAUUAAGACUACCACGUGUGACAAAGUUGUCACCAUUUAUUAAACGGCUACUUCCUUUUACCUUACAUAGAACACCAGCUAAAUAUAGAUAUAAAUCAUCAGUGUAUUGGCACAUUAUACAGUAGAAUGCUGUAGAAACUCUUCAUAAAACGAAGUUUCACCUCCAGACAGAAAAAAGUGAGGCAAUAUGAAACUUAACGCCAUUUUUCACCGCAGGACCCUCUUUUACACAAAACGCUUUCCUCUCUCAAUAUGACGUCACCAGGGAGUUUUCACACUCAAUCACUUGUUCUCUAAUCCCCAAUAAAAGCCUUAAAAAGCCCCUCCUUGUCACAGCUUAUUGGCUGGGCGCCGAUAUAUUUAGUUGAGAAGACUGAGUAGAACGUGGAAACCAAAUUAUCAUUUUACCGUUUAAAUCUUUACCUGGAUUUAUUCAUAAAAGAAAACACUUCGGGCGGAGUCUAACCACGAAAACUCGCAGGUUAGUUCGUGAAAGUCAAGCUUGAGUUAUCUCCAAGCUGAGGAAAUUGGUGCCUGAUAGUUCAUCGUUAAAGCAUUUUCAUUGCAUGAAGUAGAGAAUGCUGCACGUCCUUCAUGUGGCAAAUAAGCGCAAGCUCUGGAAGAAGAAUGAUUCCGAGUACAUUCCGCAGCCAGCACUAGCGCCUAUUUGCCAGAAAAUCGCGAAGAAUUCUUUAGUCAACACUCAAACCGAAAAAGGUGACAAACAAAGCAGCAGCAACAGAUGGGAUGAAAUCGCUUGGAAAUUGUGCAACAAAAAAUAUUUUAUGAGCUACCUUUAAUCAAUUACUACCGCGAUCAGCAACAAGCAACUGAUUCAUGAUACUUUUUUUACACCAAAAAGAAUAGGGCAAGAUGCUUGGGGACACAGGCAAAUAGAAGAACAGUAAAAUUCAGAUAAUUUUGUGCUGACUAAAGGGAUGUUAAAGGGCAUGAUGAUCUUUCCUGGAAGACCGCGUUAAGACAUGCACUGUCAAAUUAGGGACAGCAAUAAUGUUUAAAAACCGCAAGACGUACGAGAAGAGACAGGAAGUAUCAGCAACUUCAUGAUCGACUUUCUCGAUUCGCCUCUCGCAACACUGUUAGCCACUAAAACUGAAAGAAGCUUUAACUGUCCGGGGAAUUGUCAAAAAUAAGAACUCAAAAUAAAUCCUUUGAGAGUCUGUCAAAUAAGAUGUCUUAACCUUUUAAAGCCGGCUGAUAUCAACACACAAGUCCUUCUAACUAGUGCAAAUUUCUUCAAGUAUACACAGUGAGUUAGGACUAGAUGUCAAAAGAUCAAUACAAGAAUUUGUAGGUGAUUGCCUUAAAUCUCAUAACUUCUUUCCUUGAAUAUGCCUAGAUAUUGUAAAGAAAAUUUGACGCUAAUCAGCUGGUAUUAAAUGUGUUCUCCGGUAGCUUCCCUUGCUGCUAAUCAGGUGAAAUGAUUCUCUUUGUAUAAGGCAAAAACAAAACAAAAAGUUUUUUUUUCUCAAAAUUGAAAACCUUUAUUCAGCGUCCUGGUCCGAGAUUUCCUGCCUCUAGUUGGGUAGAAGUUUACCUUUGUAAACUUUCUUGCGUGCGCAGCCAAAGCUAUGCGUGUAACUAAAAUUUGAAUGAAUUUGUUGUUCUGAACUAAGUCAGAGUAAUACCGUUCAGUUCCACCGGCAAAUUCUGUGACUUCAGCAAGGGCCGCGAAGAUUACCAAAAUUUUGUUCAGUUCUUUUCUUUUUCGGUUCCACACUCACAACAAAUUGUUUUUUAAGUCAAAGGAGCAAUCUCUCCGUUGUUGGUUCAAAGAGGGACAUCUUUACAUUUGUAGGAAUAUCCAAAAGCAUGAGCAGUACGUUCGGCUUGAGUGAAAAAUUUAGUUGGUUAACCUACAUUGCUUCAUCUAUGUAUUUUAGCCUAUAUUCAGGUAAAAAUUUCUCUCCUCUUCCACUUCGCUGAUAAUAAAGGUCGCCCCGACUCCCCAGCUGCAUCUUAAGUUUCCCACAUAAACAGUUAUCAAUCUUUGAUUCAUCAGAGAGCAGGGGCACCCAACGGCAAUUUUCGGGAAAAUAUCUGUUCGGAAGACGAUUUGAGAACUCGAAUUUUCGGAACAUUUGUUGUAAAACUCCUUGCUUGCCUGCCUCUCCUAGGAUUUUCGAACAUCUACAAAAUGGUAUAAUUACCCAUUUUAAACGGAUAUUUACCCUAAAAAAGGCCACCUAGAAUUUUCGGGAGCAUUUUCCUGGCUGAAAUUUUCGAAAAGGUAAGUUUUGAUCCCUAUAAUUUUCGGAUCACUAGACUUUCAGCUAGGAAAUCCGAACAGAUGAAAAGUUUUUAGGGGAUAAAAAUUUGCCUAUAUCUACCGUUUAAAUACUAAAAUACGUUCAACAAUGCUAUGUUAAGUGGUUUUGAACUAUAUCAUCGCUGGGUGCCCCUGAGGGAGUUUUUGGUCUUGGGUUCCGGUUACGUAAUGGGAAACUAUUCUAAGAAGCACGCGCAAGCACUUACAAGGUCAAAGUCGUAUCACAGACAGGAAUCGAGAAAAAAGAAAAAGGAACCCCAAGUACAAAAUAAUGAUAAUGACAAUGACAAUGACAAUGAAAUCGCAUUUCCUCAAAAUGGCAUAGCCUUUCCACAAACCUCGCCAUCGGCUAAUCAGCUGAAUGAAGGACGUCUGAGAGAAGGCUUGUACGACAUUGACCGUCGUCAAAGGCGUUAAAAAGGCCAGCAAAACGCCACCUAUAACCACUUCCGUCCUACCAAGCGAGAAACCACAUAGGACAAAAUUUUAAAAAUUCACGCAAGUCAGCAUGAGUCAGAGAGUGUUACAGAAUCAACGCGUAGGAGCGUUUCCGCGUGACGUCAUAUCCACCAUGGUGGUGUCCCUAACUGAUGAAACGAAGGCCAUGUUGGUGCAACAAACUUAUCCUAUGGAAUUUGAACCUUUUUCGCAUGUAAAAACUUUCUUUUGUUCCAAAACAUUUGCAUAGCUGCUAUCAACGUUAGUGAAUUUGAUGUUUUUCUUUUCUUUAGAUAAGAUGAUUCGUCAGGUUGUUAUGAUCUUCACCGUAUUGCUCGUUGCAAAAGUCACGGUAGAGGCAGAAAGAAACGUUCACCAGAUCAGGAUCAAUACAGAGACACGUUAUCAAUCGUGUAAUGACACAACAUGUGACUGCGGAAACACGGAAAGUAUCCAGCCCGUUAAGAGAUGUAACCAAGCCUGCGCAGAUGCUCGCUGCAAAGCAUUGACUUGUUUAUCCGGGACAUGUCAUCAAGAGUGUCACAACUGUCACAUGAAGUGUACCAGCGACGUCGAUUAUUGCAGACAGCGAUGUUUGUCCGGAGCAUGCUCAUUCACGUGUAACGCCAAAUACUGCGUUCAGCUCUGUAAAGGCGGGCAGUGCAUCUCCCCUUCGGAGAGUGCUAACAACCUGCUUUUCCCAAGAGAAUAUUUGGUCUUGUUAGCUGCACUUUUCGCACUGGUGGCUAUUUUAUCUUUUACACUUCUUGUACUAUUGUUUUGCAAAGGAAAUUGUUGUGGCGAACAAUCUAACUCCCUCAAAGCUAAAACUUUUUCCGGUAGCCUCGAUAGCCUGGAUUCCGAGUCGUCAUUUGUAUAGUAGACAACGAUCAAACAAUGCAAAACUUUUUCAAAGAUUUAGGAAAAAUCUUCCUGAGACGGGAGGGGACGAGAUACUCCCGUCAAUUCCCGUGAAGGUUCUCGAAUCCUAACUUAAACAACAA